UGCCUUUCCACACCUCGGAUUUGAGGUGCGCGCCCGCUAAUGCAGCGAGUCUCCAGCCCGUCUCAGGUGGCCGACGUGCCUGCCGCACCCACACACCCCAGCCUCGACUACCGGGACAGCAAUGGCCCCAUGCAUGCUUUCCCACCACAGCCACACCCUCAUUACGCCUACUACACUGAUGUAGCGCUACAAGGCCAACCGCCGAGUCGAGGCGCCAGUCCAUCACCAGCAAGCACCUUCAACAGCCAAGCCAACUCGUUGUUCAGCGUGCAAAGCACAGAAUCGAGCGCCUACACCCACCAUUCGUCAUCUGUCACAAGCUUUCACGAUGGCAGGGACUCAGAUUCGCCAGCCCCAGGAUGUGUGCCACGCCCUCCAAGCUGCGGACCACAACCGCCCUUCCACAGGUCGCAGUCCCGAGCCGGGGGCAGCUCUAGGCCCGGGUCGCCCCUUAGUCGACACAUGACAUCCAUCAAUGGAUCGAGAAACCACUCCAAAAUUUCCGGAGUUUCCCGGCCGGCCAGCCGACGGGCCAUCCGACUCGGGUCAGCCAAUAUCGACCACAUCUCUCAACAAGUUCUGUGGGAGACGAAGGCUAGAAAUUCGCCUCCCCCAAGACAAGGACAGGUUCAAAGUCUCGAAGCAUGCCUCCAGGAAGAGCAACGCACCUCGUACUGGGUGGAGUAUACCGCUGCGCCCGAGCACGGGGCGCCCGAGGGAACAACUCCUCCGUCCCCAGAUGACGUCGACGAAUCCGAUGAAGGGGCCCGGCUGUCCCCCGAAGCGGAUCAGCCCCCCGAAUCUCCCACGUCACAAAGCAGCCAGGACAUCACCAUGACAGGCUUCUCGGAUGUCGAUGCGGAUUCUCCAGAAAGCUGCGACAGCGGCGCGGCUGCCCCAGAGCGGUCAAUUCGAGUCCUAAAGUCGAUUCUGGACGAGGAGUUUGGCCUACGUCUUGGAAAGGCAGAGCCACCCGAAGACAUGGUCGACGCCGUCUCCAGAUGCAUGGACAACCUCUCACUUAGCCGCCACCGCUAUCGUCAGGAAGGCUUCAUCGUCCCGAUCAACACUUUCCACGUGCCUGGAGACAGCCACGAACAGACCACGCCGCCCGAGACCACUUCCAGGGGGUCAGGUGGUAAACUACCCAUUGCUUCCAAGAAGCGUAAUGCUGACGAUCCGAGAAGAGACGAAGGAGAUGGUCCUCCAGGCGAGGAUGGCAAGGAAGAGGGGGAGAGAAGUUCGUUUGGGCCCAACGACCCAAGAAGCCAAAAGAGAGCCAAAGUCGAGCUGUAUCCAUGCCCAUUCCGGAAGCAUAACCCGAUCAAGUUCAACAUCCGCGAGUGGGAGUAUUGCGCAAGGGCGCCAUUCAAGGGUAAAACGGAAUUGAAGAAGCACAUCAUCAGAUACCACCAGCAGGAACAAGUUUCCUUCAAGUGCGACCGGUGCCUUACCGCAUUUCCCAGUCGCGAGGAACUCAAGACACAUUUACGGAGGGAUCCCGACAAGAUGUGCGAAACGAGAAGCGACAGGGAGGCAUCGCCAUACACUGCAACGAACGAGGGAGUCAGUAGCGCUGUUGGGGAAAGGCUUCGCAGCCGGUCUGAACAUUUAGACUGGACUGGCAUUUGGCUAGCAGUAUUCCCUGGAUAUGAUCCUAGCCUCAUACCAGAGCCAGUCUUUGAGCCCGCCGUAGAGCUGCACGAAGUUUCUCGCUCGUACAACGAAAGUCACCUCGAGCUCGCAACCAUGAUCUCGGACACGCUUGGGCACGAGUCAGAACGGUUGAACACAUCAAUGCUCAACAUAUUCGACCAGUUUAUGAACGGAGUGUUCCAGCGGGCUCAUGUCCAGGCGGCUGCGGGAGUGGGCAGCUCGUUUGCGUUCAACAGGCGCCAUCUUCAGUCUCCGCGCGAUGGUCUGGGCCCUUUCCUCCGCACUAAUUCGGGGACCCCCUCAAGCAGCACAACCAGUAGUUCAACCCAUCCGUACGCCCUGUCACGAACAGAGAGGAUGUCUACGUCGGGGAGCAGCAACUCAUCCACUCCCGCGCUGCCACUCCGGACCUCGCAAUCACGGGGUUCUAAUCCUAGUCCUCUGGCUUGGACACAGCAGGGCGGAGCAGGUGGCUACUACCAUUCACCCUAUCGCCAGAGUGAGAACGCACAAUUACUAGUGCCCAGCCUAUACCCAAAUCAUGGGAUUGCCCCCGGCUCGAGCGCUCCCAGCAAUUCUGUGGCCGUUCCACAAUUCAGCGCGCUCCCAGCACAUGUAGUUGGCCAAUACACACCUAAUUCCUACGGACACGGACACGGACAGUACCCGGUCCCGGGUCAGCAAAGUAACGGUUGGCAGGAUCCACAGGGAGUGUUGGGCAACAUGAACCCUGGUAUCGUUGGUCUUUCAAAUUCUCGCGGCCAAAUUGCCACCCCGCUGGAUAUUAACCCAGGACUAGUUUCAGGGAAUUACGGCGCAAGAUGCUCAGGUCACCUGUCUGCUGUUGACGACACCAGGGUGGGGUACCUAAAUAGGGGUCUCCCUCUCAACCAAGUUCCCCAGCCUCCAGAUGCAGCGGCCAUCACGGCAAGUCUGGGCGAGAUGCUGGCACGGUUGGAUGCUCCACUGGACAGACGGCAGGUUGAGGGGCCGCGGUGAUGAAUUGAGAUGGGUAGCUUCUAAUUACGAUCAAAAUUACAAUGCCAAUUAUUUUCACAACUCUUUCCAUUACACGUACACCCUAAAACAGCCGAUCCAAAACCGAUGGACG